AUGUCGGAUUCUGCACAAAUUUACAUGGAAAAUGUGCUGCACAUUACGGGCUACCUACACCGACUGCUGUUCCUAAUGAAGGAACUAGACUUUAAGGAGCACAAGAUAAAUAAGCAGAUUCAAGAGAAGGAAGAGAUUUAUUUAGAAAACCUGAACUACCUUUCUAAGAAUAGAAUAGAUAGACAGGGUACCUACUUGACUGGGCAGUCGAGCAUGCAGAAUGAGGACCUCCUGCUUGAGUUCGAAAAUGAGAACUGUGAGGCGGAGUGCGUGCAACUGAAUGGGGGAGGUGACGAGAAUGACGUGGACCCGUGGGGGAGCCGCCAAGUGCGUAUCAAGGAGGAACAGUCCGGUGGGGAGGACCCAGCAGGGGGUGGUGACCCAACAGGUUGUAUAGACCCUACCGUGGAAGAGGCAGUCCAACGUGAAGACAAUUCACACCAUCCCACCUCCGACAGGGAAAAGUCAGACGCUCCGGGGGGUGAACUCCCCAUGGAGGGAAAAACAAACAGUGGGCACAGCACCCCCGUAGAGCCAAAAGGGGUUAAGCAGGAAGUACCAACAGAUGAUGAAAAGAAGGGGGAAGCCGAAAAGGAGGAAGAUCGUGCAGCACAUAAUAUAGCAGAAUUGAAUGCUUACCCGAAUGCUCACCCAUGUGGGGAGCCGGCCAACCCCGCCCUGCACAACGGAGACGACGAAGGAAAGAACCAAGUGUGCAGACCCAUACAAAGAUACACGGAGGAAGAAUUAGAAGACCUCCUGAACGAAAUAAUUAGUGACAGGGAACAGUGCAUAGCUCUACUGAAAGAAAAAAUUUGCAUAAACAAUCAGAUCUCCUAUCUCAUAAAAACUGACUUUGAUCGUGUGAAAAGUCAACAUGACAAGCUGUUUGUCGAGAUGGAGAUGAAUGGGGAAUCACCUCCUUAUAUGCACAACACGAGUAGGAAUAGAAACGCACCGACUGAAUGGGACCACCAGGACAACCUCCAUGAGAGGAGUACCUUCCAACAUGAUCAGUUCGUAAAUCAUACGCACGGAAAUGAUAUUCCUGGUAACGCCACCCACGGAAGUGGAUCCCAUGUCAGAUCCAACCAUAACAGGAACACCCACCAGUUUGACUCCUACGAUAUGGAGAAAACAAAAGAAGAUGACGCAGAUAGCUCUUCCAUUAAAGCCUUUGGCAGAAAGCACUCCCAAAUGUAUGACGAGGAUUACAACCCCUACACUGUGGGGAAGAAUAAAAAAACGAAAAAGUCCAAGAAGAGCCGAGGGGGUGAGAACGCCACCGCCAACACAAGCACUAAACUGAAAACCGCGCCUGACAAGGAAGCCUCUGGCAUAAGCGGUGGUGUGCAUAGCGUCAGUGAAAGCGUCUUACAAAGUGUGAAUCAAAGUGGGGGAAAAAAUGCCUCCCAAAGCGGAACUAAUAAAAUGCGAAUUCGCCUUCUUUCGAUGAAGAUCCCCCCGCAGGAGGGGGCGGCCCCCCUGGCUGCACAAACCGACCAAGCUGACGGUACUCCCCCGGAGGGCAUGCGAACCGCAGGGGUGGAGGAGGCCACACACUUAUCCACAUCGGAAGGCAAAGCAGACGUGGCCAAAUUGACCAACCUUGGAGUAACAAAAACUGAGAAUGAAGAUCACGUCGAAGAGGGUCCCACCCCCCAUGGGGAACAACCCAAUGGGAAUGACAACCCAAAUGAAAACGACAAACAUUAG